CGUUCCGGGCGCGCUCGCCGCGGCGCCGCCGGGGGCUCGGCUGGCCGGGGGGGAGCCUCUGUGAGCGGAGCAGCGCCCGUGCCCGCCGCCAAACUUUGCGGCGCGCACACAUGCUCCAAGUUGGGCGCGGCGGCGGGCUGUGAGGGCCGCCCCGGGCGCGCGGGGGCCGGGACGGGCGGCGCGGCGCGGCCAUGAGCGGGCGGCCGGCGCCGGUCUCCCGCAAGCAGCGGCUUAUGGCAGCCGUGGGCGAGCGGACGGCGGGCGGCGGCGGUGCGCCGCUCUCCUGCUUCAUCUGCGGCGGCGGCAUCGGGCGCGGCAAGGAGCUGAAGCUGCAGGUGAAGCAGCCGGUGGCGGCGGCCGGCGCGGGGGCCCCGGCGCAGCCCUUCUUCCCGUUCCUGCAGCAGCAGGAGCCCGCGCCCGGUGCGCGCGAGCUGUCCCCGGCCGACGGCUGCGUGCUGGUGUGCGCCGUUUGCCGCUGCUUCCUGGGCGAGCAGUGGGCCGCCUUCGAGCGCGCCCGCACGCCCGUGGACAAGCGCAUGUACUGGCUCAAGCGUCCCCACCAGUGCGACGCGGGCGCGGGCGGGCGCCGCGGAGGCGCCGCGGCCCCCCGCGAGUGGAACGUCGCCUACGCGCUGGGCGGCGCGGACGACGAAGAAGAAGGCGGCGGACCCGGGCCCCGCGCGGCUGCCGAGGAGCCGCGAGACUCGGAGCUGUCGGAGCUAUCUGACACCGACCCCCUCUCUGAGCCUGACCCGGCGGCGCGCGACGCCCCCAGUCCCCACCAGGAUGGGGCGCCAGCUGCGCGCUCCGCCCCGGGGCCCGGGCCUCGCAGUGGCCGCUGCCUGGAGUGGAGGCCGGCGCUGGGACCCUCUCCGGGACAGGGUGCAGAGACCCUGGCGUCUGGGGAUGUGGAAGAGGAGGCAGCCCCCUCGAAGCUCCGCGUGGAUGGGGAGCCCAAGGCUGGCAUCCGGCGCCGGCGAAAGGGCCCCGGGAGGCACUGGGUCCCAGAGGCCCGGGCCAGCGUCCUGAGGGGCGUGCAGGAUCCUUGGCAAGGGCCUUCAGUGCAGGUGGCUCCUGCAGAGGGAACGAAAGGAGCUUCUUUGGGCAGGGUCGCCAAGACUCCCGAGAGCAGGCCACUGGGGGAGAGCUGUGGGGGCUACUGCAUGUCUGAGGACAGUGACAUCAACAUUACCAGCGAGGAGGAGGACCGCAAGGAGCAGCCUCUCCCAGGCCCCCGAGGCCCCAAAGACAAGGAAAAUGGUAGUAGUGGCCGUGCGCCCCGGGUUCCCCUGGAGAGCCGGGCAGCACCACCAGAGGGCCUUUGCUGCUACAUCUGCGGGUCUGCGCUGUCCCCGGCCUCGCAGCACCAGAUCCAUGUGCAGAAGCAGGAGAAGCUGGCCCAGGCCCCCUUCUUCCCCUUCCUGUGGCUGCACAGCCCGCCCCCCGGGGCACAGCCCAUCAGCGAGGGGGGUAGCACCCUGGUGUGCCCCUGCUGCUUCUCAUCCCUCAUGCAGCAGUGGCAAAGCUUCGAACUGGCCAGUGUGCCCGUCCUGCAGCGGCUCUACGUGGUGCCCCUGAACAGCCACGCUCCCGGCAUGGCCUUCAAGGGCAGGCGGCUCCUGAGGGAAGAGGGCCCCCCCACCGGGUCCCUGCCGGAGGCCUGCUACCUCUGCGGGGAGGACUGCACCCAGGACGCCCGGGCCGUGGCCUCCAGGAGCCUCAACGGCAACGCCAGGGCCUCCAUGCAUUUCCCCUUCCUCAGCCUCCUGCCCUGCCCGCCCAAUGCCCAGGGCCCCAACAAGCGCUGUGAGGUCCGCAGCUGCCCCAAGUGCUUCAGCGUCCUGGAGGACGUCUGGGCCCUGUACCGGGCCUGCCAGAACGAGGAGCUCAUCACCUCAGUGCAGGGCUUCCUGGGCAGGUACCACCAGGCCUUCUCUGCCUCCGACCCUACUCUCUCCGAGCCGCCCUUGUCAGCCCAGGGCAGCCCGGCAUCGGUCUGCUAUAUCUGUGGGGCUGAGCUGGGCCCCGGGAAGGAGUUCCAGCUCAACGUGAACCCAUCCAGCCGCUUGGGUGAGAAGGAGCCCUUCUUUCCCUUCCUCACCGUCUAUCCGCCUGCCCCGCGCGCCAGGCCUGCCGACGCCACCGGCCUGGUGGCCACCUGUGUGCUCUGCUACCACGACCUGCUGGGCCAGUGGCUGCGGCACGAGGCCCGCGGUGCCCACCACGCCGUCAGCCCCUGGUCUCGGCAGUACCGCGUGGAGACAUUUGUGUGCUUCUUCUGCCAGCAGGAGAAGAAGCGUUGUCUCGGGCUGAAGGCCGUGCGUGUGGCCCGGCUGCCCUUGUUUCUCUACACUCUGCGAGCGAGCCACAGCCUGCUAGUGGAUGACGGGCGGCAGCUGGUCAUCGGCGCCUGCACAGAGUGCGGGACCCUGGUGUGCGCUGGCCAGGGGCUCCCUCGCCAGGCACCCGUGGGCUGGAGCUCCCCGGUGGCAGCUGCGAGGAAGGUCACGUCUGCAUCUCUCGAGACAUCGACAGCCAUCCACCCUCCCGCCCAGGAGCCCGAGCCUCGGCCGGGUGCCCCAGCAGAGAGCCUGCCCAGGGGCCCCAGGACCAGCCAGGAGCAGGGGCCAGCCCGGUGUCAGCAGAGCAGCUUGGACGGGGCCGGCCCGGACCUCACGGGCACAGGCAUGAGCCAUGAGCCCAAGUCCCCUUCGCUAGGGAUGCUCUCCACCGCGACCAGGACCACUGCCACCGUCAGCCCCCUCACCCCCUCGCCGCUCAAUGGCGCCCUGGUGCCCAGCGGCAGCCCCGCCUCCAGCAGUGCGCUGUCGGCCCAGGCCGCACCUUCCUCCAGCUUCGCCGCCGCCCUGCGCAAGCUCGCCAAACAGGCGGAGGAGCCCAGAGGGUCUUCACUGAGCAGCGAGUCGUCCCCCGUCUCCUCUCCGGCCACCAAUCACAGCUCCCCGGCCAGCACGCCCAAGCGCGUGCCCAUGGGCCCCAUCAUCGUCCCCCCCGGGGGACACAGCGUCCCCAGCACGCCCCCCGUGGUGACCAUCGCCCCCACCAAGACCGUCAAUGGCGUCUGGAGGAGUGAGAGCCGCCAGGACGCCGGCUCCCGGGGCGGCGGCGGUGGCCGCGAGCGCCUCAUUGUGGAGCCCCCGCUGCCCCAGGAGAAGGCGGGGGGCCCGGCCAUCCCCUCCCACCUGCUCAGCACCCCCUACCCCUUUGGCAUCUCACCUAGCUCCGUGGUGCAGGACUCCCGCUUCCCACCACUGAACCUGCAGCGGCCUGUGCACCACGUGGUGCCCCCCAGCACGGUGACCGAGGACUAUCUGAGGAGCUUCCGGCCCUACCACACGGCCGAGGACCUCCGCGUGUCCUCCCUGCCUCCGCUCGGCCUGGACCCAGCCACCGCCGCGGCCUACUACCACCCCGGCUACCUGGCCCCGCACCCCUUCCCGCACCCGGCCUUCAGGAUGGACGACUCCUACUGCCUGUCAGCCCUGCGGUCCCCCUUCUACCCCAUCCCCGCCCCCGGCUCCCUGCCCCCACUGCACCCGUCGGCCAUGCACCUCCACCUCUCAGGGGUCCGCUACCCUCCUGAGCUCUCCCACUCAUCCCUGGCGGCACUGCACUCGGAGCGGAUGUCCAGCCUCAGUGCUGAGAGGCUGCAGGUGGACGAGGAGCUGAGGCGGGAGAGGGAGCGGGAGCGGGAGCGGGAGGCCGACCGCGAGCGCGAGAAGGAGCGGGAGCGCGAGCGGGAGAAGGAGCUGGAGCGGGAGAAGGAGCGGGAGCGGGAGAAGGAGCGGGAGCUGGAGCGCCAGCGGGAGCAGCGCGCCCGCGAGAAGGAGCUGCGAGAAGGAGCUGCCGCCAAGACGCUGGAGCCCGCCUUCCUGCCCGUGGCCGAGCUGCACGCGCUGCGGAGCCACGCCGCCGACGAGCGCGCCAAGCCCUCGGAGCAGCUCACCCCGACCCGUGCAGACAAGCUGAAGGACGCGGGCCUGCAGGUGCCCAAGCCGGUGCAGCACCCCCUGCACCCGGCGGCCGCCCCUCCCCACGCGGCGCCCGGCCUCCUCGCCGGCCACGGGCUCUUCUCGCUGCCGGGCAGCAGCGCGGCCACGGCCCUGCUCCUGCAACGCACCAACGAGGAGGAGAAGUGGCUGGCGCGGCAGCGGCGCCUGCGGCAGGAGAAGGAGGACCGCCAGUCGCAGGUGUCGGAGUUCCGGCAGCAGGUGCUGGAGCAGCAGCUGGACCUGGGCCGGCCGCCGGCACCCGCGGACCCCGAGCACCGGCCGGAGAGCGCCAGGCCGGGACCGACCCGCCAUGAGCCGGGCAGCCGCGAGCCCCCCCAGCACUUCGGCGGGCCCCCGCCACUCAUCUCGCCCAAGCCCCAGCACCCCGCGGUGCCCACGGCCCUCUGGAACCCCGUGUCCCUGAUGGACAGCUCGCUGGAGCCACGGCGCGUCCCCGAGGGCCACCCCCUGCACGGCCACCCCGCCCCGUUCGAGCCCAGCCGUCCAGCCGCUGUCCCACUAGUGAAGGUGGAAAGGGUCUACUGCCCGGAGAAGGCGGAGGAGGGGCCCCGCAAGCGCGAGGCCGCCCCUCUGGACAAGUACCCGCCGCUGCCCCGGGAGCCGGGGGCCCUGGAGCCGCAGGCCUUCCCACCAGGGCCCGGGCCCUUCCUGGCGGAGCUCGAGCCGGCCACCCCAACUGUCUUGGGCCAGCCCCGGGCCUCGCUUGCCCCGCCGGCCACCUUCGGGGAGCCCCCCGGACCCCUGAAGCCAGGCUCGCCCUACCGGCCCCCCGCCCCUCGGGGCCCCGACCCAGCCUACGUCUACGACGAGUUCCUGCAGCAGCGCCGGAGGCUGGUCAGCAAGCUGGACCUGGAGGAGCGCCGGCGGCGGGAGGCCCAGGAGAAAGGAUACUACUACGACCUGGACGACUCCUACGACGAGAGUGAUGAAGAGGAGGUCAGGGCCCACCUCCGCUGCGUGGCCGAGCAGCCGCCCCUCAAACUGGACACAUCCUCCGAGAAGCUAGAGUUUUUGCAACUUUUUGGCUUGACCACCCAACAGCAGAAGGAGGACUUGCUGACCCAGAAGCGGAGGAAGCGCCGGCGGAUGCUGAGAGAGCGCAGCCCGUCGCCCCCGACGGCGCGGAGCAAGCGGCGGACGCCCUCACCCAGACUGGCGCUGUCCACCCGCUACAGCCCCGACGACAUGAACAGCAGCCCCAACUUCGAGGAGAAGAAGAAGUUCCUGACCAUCUUCAACCUGACCCACAUCAGCGCCGAGAAGAGGAAAGACAAGGAGAGGCUUGUUGAGCUGCUCCAGGCCAUGAAGCAGAAGGCGCUGUCCGCCGCGGUGGCAGACCCGCUCAGGAGCUCUCCGAGGGACAGUCCUGCCGUGUCCCUGAGCGAACCCACCACGCAGCAAGCCUCCCUGGACACGGAGAAGCCCGUGGGCAUCGCCGCCUCCUUGUCUGACGUCCCGAAGGCCACGGAGCCUGGGAGGCUGGAACAGCUCCGGCCUCCAGAGCGCGUCCAAGAGCCAGCUCCUGCCGGCGGUGAGAAGGCCAGGCCGAGUGAGGCCCCCGGGGGCAAGAAGAGCCUGAGCAUGCUCCACUACGUCCGGGGCCCCGCGCCCAAGGACAUCCCCGUGCCACUGUCGCACAGCAUCAAUGGAAAGAGCAAGCCGUGGGAGCCCUUUGUGGCAGAAGAGUUCGCGCACCAAUUCCACGAGUCCGUCCUGCAGUCUACCCAGAAGGCCCUGCAGAAGCACAAAGGAAGCGCAGCCGUGCUGUCGGCGGAGCAGAACCACAAGGUGGACGCGUCCGUCCACUACAACCUCCCCGAGUUGCAGUCCUCCAGCCGCCUGCCUCCGCCCCAGCACAACGGGCAGCAGGAGCCCGCCGCCAGCAGGAAGGGCCCCCUGGCGCAGGAGAUGGACCCCGACUCGGAAGAGGAGGACGACGGGGAGGACGAGGAGGAGGACCCCCCCAGGCGCAAGUGGCAGGGGAUUGAGGCCGUUUUGGAAGCUUACCAGGAACACGUGGAAGAGCAAGACCUGGAGCGGCAGGUGCUGCAGGCGCAGUGCAGGCGGCUGGAGGCGCAGCACUACAGCCUCAGCCUCACGGCAGAGCAGCUCUCCCACAGCAUGGCGGAGCUGAGGAGCCAGAAACAGAAGAUUGUUUCAGAACGGGAGCGACUCCAGGCGGAACUGGAUCACUUACGGAAGUGCCUUGCGUUGCCUGCAAUGCAUUGGCCUAGAGGUUACUUCAAGGGUUACCCGAGGUGACGGUUUCCCUUGCACUAGGCCGAACCUAUAGUAUAGAAAUAUUAUCUAUUUUAUUACCUUGAAUAUUUAAUAUUUUUCACUGGGAGGUUUGACGCUUAAAAAAAAAAGAGAAUGUGCCAUGCAUGAAGCAAAGGAUUCCAGGCUCCAGAAAAAAAGAACGAACUCGCCUUGACUUCAAUGCAGUUGAAUCACCUUUGUAAUUCAGCAAGCAACCCGUGUUAAGACACCCAUAGUUUUUUCCUUUUUAAAGGCGGUUUUAUCCUUUCCCACGUCAUCAUUUUUUAGUCUCAAGAUGAAGGCUCCAUUACCAACACUAAGAUGUGACCACUUCCCAGCCCCCGGGUGCGUAGGGUGGAGCGGACCACCGGGGUGCCGUGUUGUGUGUUGCCAGGUCCUUUGGCCUCAGGAACCCAGGCUGCUCUGGCCGUGGGGUGGCCGGUCUCGCUCCUCCCCAGGAUUGAGACCCGCUCCAGCAGAAGGAAGGUGGGGUGCAUUCUAAGUAAAGGGCUUAUUUGUUUCAGUUAUUUUUCCGCAAAAUUUUCCUCAAAGCAACAGGUCCUAGGAGCACACAAAGCAACAGUACUGAAGCCUCACCCAAAGGCUUUUCCCUGGAAAAGCUCUUACCUAAAGAUAAAAUGAAUCGACAAACUGAAGGUACCUUUUUAUUCCUUCGUGGGGGAAGAUGUACAGAGCUCUAUGUAUACAUUUAUCCACACCCACCCGAUUGUUACUGCGGUGGGGGUGUUUUCAUACAAACGUAAAUUUUGAGAGAAAAGUCAAAGGUGCUUCAGCCUUGUACUGUGUAUAUAUAUUAAAAAACAAAGUUUUGUAUGUUUUUAUUACUUUAAUUAUUGUUAUAAAAAGCCUGCCAUUUUUAAUAUGUGGUUUGGGGGGAUUUUUUUGUUGUUUGUUUUCCUGUUUGGGGGUUUUGUUUGUUUUUGUUUUGUUUUUCUGGGCAAAAAAAAAAAAAAACCCUUGCUUUUAGUGUUUGUACUGCUGCUGGUCAGGACAUUAUUGAAGUGUUUUUAAAAAUUAAAGAAGAAGAAAAGUAAAAAGAGCUUACCACUGGCGCCUACGAGAGCACUUCAUUUUUGAGUUGCACCGGAGAGUGAUGUAGAAAGCCAUGGUUCCUCCUCCCCUCCCCGGGCCCUCCCGGCUCCCGGCCCCCCCCCCCCCCCCCCCCCCCCCCCCCCCCGCCAGCGAGGCUCCCCCGCGGGCGCUGCUGGUCUCCACCUUCACACCGUGAGAAGAACCUUGGAGGAGGGAGCGGCUUCUGUGACAGGGUGCUGAGGUGUCUUAUAGCAGUCUGAGCAGGAGCAGAGUAGAAACUCUAGGGGCUUGAUUUAGAUGCAGAGCUUUGUAGCAGCCUAAAGGCAGGGUGAACCACAUGCGACAGAACCUCUCCUCGGGGACUCACUGUGAGGAGCACAGGAGCCGCUGGAAACGGGGAGAAUCUCAUUAGGGCGAAGCGCGGGGCCGGGGGAGCCCGCCCUCCUUGCCCCGGUUGCUGCCGGUUCAGGCUGCGCUGCAUUUAGAUCAGGAAGGCAGCUCUUGCCCCAGUGGGCCUAAGCAGAGGCCAAAGCAGCCAGUGGUUGGUAUGCCCGGGUGGGGGGUGGCGAGGGGACCCACACACCAGGCCAUGUGCGCCCCUCCGCCCCAGCCUGGGGGCGGGCUGGCUGACCUCCGGGAGGGCCAGGCGCUGUGACCGUGGCCGCGCCCUCAGCCCAGACCUUGGCUGCGCAGAACAGCUUGCUGGCAGAUGGCGUUGUGUCACUUUAUCUGUCCCCACGCAGUUUGCUUUGUAUGCCUGCCAAGAAUCUUCCAGUUAUUAGCAAACUCCGACAAAAAGUGCCGCCAGUAUUAUCAGCAGUCAGCAAGCACUUUCCUCUCUACAGAAACGACUUGAGAACUGAGAGCUGUUCUGGGGGCCUCUUCCCCUGCAGAGACAGGGAGAGCACCAUGUGCCACAGGUGGGGACAGGUGUUUAGAGGGCGCCCCACUGCCAACAGUCAGGGCAAAACAUCACUGAAUUUCUCUUUUUAAAACCUGCUUGCUGUUUCUGAAGGCCUAAGGGUUACAUCUUGGCACUUCCCCCCCGGCAUCCUCCUCCAUCAUAGAAAAUAUCUGGCUGCCUUUGCUCCCGGGCGCUGGUAAAGGGCCUUGGCUAGAAGCAGAGGGAAGACUAGACCUGAAGACAAGAUGGGAAAAGCACAGCCCGACCCGUCAGCACCUGCCGGGGGCCCCGUGGCUGCUGCGUGUUGGCUGGGGAGGAGUCGUGGCACACAGGUUAGAAGGACACCUGCCCAGGGGUGGCAGCUCUGUCCCUGAGCUAGUAUUAGCAGCUUUCUCCUUCGGAGUGGCACCCCCCCCCCCCCCACCGACCUGUGAGAAUCUCUGAAUAUUCUAGGGCUCAAGAAGAAAUAUGACAAUCAGAAUAUAAAUACAGACCAGUAAGGCAACGUGAAGAAAGAAAAAGGUAACAGAGGGUCUUGUGAAAACAAAAGUGUACCUUUCUGAGAGACAGUAUACCCAAUCAUGGGUUCCCCCCCUGGGCCCCCCCCCCCCCCCCGCCAACAGUUUAUAAUCUGAAAACUCUUCUUCUAAAGAACAUAGUAGCAUCAGUCUCUUCAGUUUGGGCUUAAAAGCUGAGACAAAUAUGGAAUCCCUGAAGCUUUUUGUUCAGCUAUUUCACAUUGAGUUUGAAAGACAUAAAGUUCAGAAAUACAGCAAAUUUGCUCUAGAACUGAUUCUGGAACUUUUGUGUCAGUAUUUUUGUGACCUAAAGGAGUUUUGCUAAACUCGGGUACCUGCCAAAGCUGAGUCGUGCGGCUCUGUGCAUUGAAUCAGAGCAGUACAAACAGACCAGAGCUUUCCCCCCACGCUUGGCACUGCACGACCUGAUCAUCUGAAAAUGAGUCUGUUUCAUAGAAACAGGCAAACUGGCAUAAAAUAUCAUAAUCUAUUAUCUCACGUAAGUGACCAAUAGUUUAGUCUAUAUUCUAAAGGUAACGCAACAAUUGGCAGCAUGCAAAGUGCUAAAAAAGAUUAUACCCUCAGGGAAAUUCAAAGAAUAUUAAAAGGAGCCCACACCUUCAGCAAACUAGCAAAGAAUAAUAACAGGUAAACUAAGUCUGUGUGUGGGGUGGCGUUCCAUCAAGUAGCUCACGAUGCUGCCCCAUCUCCAAAUCACAUACCCCGUUUCCCUCUGAGCCAUGGUUUAAGAGUGCAGACAGUUCCAGAGACCCACCACCAGAUGGGGAUGGUUAGCACAGGAAGUUGCUCCUUACAGUGUAGAUUAGCCACUUAGCAGCAGCCCCGUACUCUUCUAGUAAACAAGCUAUUGACGUCACUGCUUGCAGUAGCCUGUUCCCCACCUUCCGAUCCAGUGCUGAACUAGACUCCUCAACUCUGCCCUGAGCCGAGGAGGACCACGCUGCCAGCCCGUCGAGCCGCUCUGCUGUGCCUGUGCUAACUGCCAGGACAGUCAACAGGACUCGGGGGAGGAGGAACGGUGCCUCGGUCACUCUGGGGGCAGUUUAGAUGCUGUGAAAUUAAACCUGUUCUAAGUGUACUUGUUUGAAUUAACUGUAUUGUAAUAUUAUUUGUUGAAUGUAGUAAUUAGGUAUUUAUGAAUAUAUUGCUGUAAUUUCUGACAACAUCCAGAAAAUAAAAUCUUCCUAAAUCA